GAUUAGUGGGGUCGUUAAAGGCGGUGUUGAAUGAAAAGAACAAGUUGAGAUUCAUUGGCCCCAGACUCAGCAGGUGUGGGAGCAGCCCUCCCAGGAAAAAUGAUCAACCUUCUUGUCAAGUAGCUACAGUCACUGAGCAUCUCCUAGGUUAAACCUAUUAAUUUAGCUGUCGAAGUAAGCACGUUAGUUUCUAGGCAUUCUGAUUCUCCUACAGAUGGAGGAGCUGGAGCAAGGCCUGUUGAUGCAGCCCUGGGCAUGUCUGCAGCUUGCUGAGGACUCCCUCUUGGCCAAAGCUUGUAUCACCACACAGGGCUAUGCCUUGCUGGUUUCCGAUCUGCAGCAGGUGUGGCAUGAACAAGUGGACUCCAGUGUGGUCAGCCAGCGAGCCAAGGAACUGAACAAGCGUCUGACUGCCCCUCCUGCUGCCUUUCUCCGUCGUUUGGAUGAUCUGCUUCGUCCGUUGUUGAAGGACAGCUCCUGUCCCUGCGAAGCCACGUUCUCCUGUGAGCGUGUGGCAGACACUCUGAUGCUGCGGGUGCGGAGUAAGCUUGCUGGGCUCCCUUUCUACUGGGAUUUCCAUUGCAGCCUGGCCGGUCCUUCUCUGGUCUCCCAGCACUUGAUUCGCCCUCUGAUGGGCAUGAGCCUGGCGCUGCAGCACCAAGUGAGGGAGUUAGUGACCCUACUGCACAGGAAGGACCUGGAGCUCCAGGACUACCGGGAGAGCGGGGCUGCGCUGAGCCGAGAUCGUUUGAAGACAGAGCCAUUUGAAGAAGAUUCCUUCUCGGAACAGUUUAUGGCAGAGAAGCUUCCUGAGGCAUGCAGCAUUGGUGAUGGCAGGCCCUUUGUCGACCAUCUACAGGGUCUGUAUGUGGCAGUGACCAGACAAGCCGUCCAAGAGGCACAGAGGCCUCAAGACGUUGAUCCUCAGACUACUCCCAACACCUGCCCCCAGGAAACUGACAGCCAGCUUCUGAGCCAGCCCGAACAGCCUGUCUCCUCAGCACCAUCCCUCCCGGGGCCCACCGAGCCUACCGAAGCUUCAGGCCCUCCGAAGAGACCUCAGCUAUUAAAGGUCAAGAGGAAGAAGCUAAGAGGGCUCUUCAGUUAACCCGCCACUGUCUCAGCUGCUGAAGAUGGCCUUGAAGGACAGCAUCCUAGUGUCACCCCAAGGACCCCUCCGGACAGUGUCUGUGGCACAGGUUCCGCUGUGAGAGGCCACACUGGAAGGGCGCCAUAACUGCAGCUCACGCUGAUGGGCCUCCUGGGCGGGAAUCUCGGCCCCUACCUUCUGGGCACUGGCAUUCCCUGUCUGAGUGGAAGCCAGUCUCUGGGAAUCCCACAUCCUCCUCCCUGUUGGUGAAGGUUUUCUAGGCCUAGACUGCCCUAGGCUUUGGGUAUAUAGGGCAAGUCUCCAGAAAGGUGCUUAAGGAAGCCUUGUCUGCCUUUUGAGAGUCCUGAGCCAGUCCUGGUAUGUGCGACCUGCUCCCCUCUCUAGCCUGGAAUAAAAGCAGUCACACUCC